AGACCCUGUCCCCCUGGCCGCAACGCCGCACCCUACUUGGAACGCGAAGUCAGAGUCUGAAGGUUGAGCGAGCGACCCCCUCCCCCCCAAAACCCUUGUCAGCUCUGGCCCAGCAGUGCGAUCGCCUCUCCCGUCUGUGCAUCUCCCCCUGAUGCCUCCGUCGACACCCAAGCGGCGGCGCGGCGCCGCCGCCUCCCCCGGUGGCCGGAAGAAGCAGAAGCGCCUGGACGCCAUCUGCGACGUCGCGCCGGCGCCUCCACGGGGCUGCGGCGGCGACGACGGCGAUGAUUCCGACGGGGAGGUUGUCCGCCGGAGCACGCGGGCGCGCCGCGCGCCCACCAUGCUUGACACCUCGCCGGCCCCGUCGCCCCGCCCCAAGAGGUCCCGCCGCGGCGGGGACGUGGUCGGGUCCAGCGGGAGCUCGCGGAGAGGGGGCAAGGGUAGGGCACGGCCCGAUGCGGAUGCCCGAAUGGUGGACGAGGAUGAGGAUGAGGAGGACGACGGAGAAAAUGUUGUGUGGCGCUCGCGGCUGCGGGAUAGGGUUAAGGGGAAGGCCGGGGCGGGGAGGCGAGUGAGGACCCUGUGGUUCGAAGAUGAAGACGGCGAGGAAUAUGAUGCGAAGACGGUGGUUGUGGAUGUGCGGGAUGGGGCUAAGAAAGAGGAGGGGCAGGAAACCGGAGGUUUGCCAUCACGAGAAGUGGGUGAGAGGGAGAUCAAUUUAACCAUAGAUUUGAAUGUCGAACAUGAGUCUGUGGAGGGUGUCACUAUAGUAGAAGAGCAAGAGGAGGAAAAUGGUGGAGGGCAGGAGGAGGAAGGAGAAGAAAUUGGUACUGCAACUGAUCUACACGAAGACAACGUGGAGGAAGUGGGGGAGGAGGAUGGCUUGCAAGGGGAAGAGAAAACUGACGAGUUAGCCUGUGAUGAGAAUACCUAUGCUGCUGGGUCUGGCAAUUUAGGGGGAAAUGAUCAGCUUGAUGUGGAGAUUGCAGAAGUGAGGAAUCUUCCAGAUGAGCAGCAAAUGGAACUGGAUGAUUGUGGUCCUGGUGAGCAAGUGGAAGAGGUCCGGCGGGAUGAGCAGAUGGAUGAUGCCCCAAAUGUAGUAUUGCCUGAGGAUGCUCUGAUUGAGAGAGUGGGAAAAGCUUUGGUUUCAGAUGCAAAACGGGUAGUAGUAGAGGUUAAAGAAGGAAGGAGGUGUGGGCUAUGUGGAGGGGGAACUGAUGGAAAACCACCUAGGGUUGCACUGCAUGAUACCGCCGACAGCGAGAAUGAAGCCUAUGAGGGUGCUUUGCCUUCAGAGGAACCAAACUAUGAUAUCCUGGAUGGGUUCAGUAAUGAUCCUGGAUGGCUCGGAAGGUUAUUGGGCCCGAUAAAUGAUCGAUUUGGCAUUUCUCGUGUCUGGGUUCAUCUGAACUGUGCAGUUUGGAGUCCUGAGGUUUACUUUGCUGGUUUAGGACGCCUUAAAAAUGUAAGAGCUGCACUUUGCCGUGGAAGGCUUUUGAAGUGCAGUCGAUGCGGCAGACCUGGAGCAACUAUUGGGUGUCGUGUUGACCGAUGUCCGAAAACCUACCAUUUGCCUUGUAGUCGUACAGAAGCCUGCAUAUUUGAUCACCGGAAGUUUCUUAUAACCUGCAAUGAUCAUCGACAUCUCUUCCAACCCCAAGGAAAUAAGUAUGCUGAACUACUCAGGAAGAUUAAGAUAAAGAAGAUGAAGGCUGAUAUCAGAAAGAUGUCACAGGAUGCGUGCAGAAAGGAUAUAGAGGCUGAAGAGAAAUGGUUAGAGAAUUGUGGGGAUGAUGAAGAAUUCUUGAAACGUGAGGGGAAGAGGCUAAACAGAGAUCUUUUGAGAAUUGCACCUGUUUACAUAGGAGGUUCUUCUGAAAAUGGAAAGUCAUACCGUGGUUGGGAAUCUGUUGCUGGGCUUAGUACUGUUAUUCAGAGCAUGAAGGAAGUGGUGAUACUGCCUCUUUUGUAUCCUGAGUUCUUUAGCUCGUUAGGUCUCACACCACCAAGAGGAGUUCUGCUGCAUGGUCACCCUGGUACUGGUAAAACACUUGUUGUACGGGCACUAAUAGGGGCAUGUUCUCAAGGGGGCAGAAGGAUUGCUUAUUUUGCUCGGAAAGGUGCUGAUUGUUUGGGCAAGUAUGUUGGUGACGCUGAGAGGCAGUUACGACUUCUGUUUCAGGUAGCUGAAAAAUGCCAACCUUCUAUCAUAUUUUUUGAUGAGAUUGAUGGCUUAGCACCUAGUAGAUCCAGACAACAAGACCAGACACACAAUUCAGUUGUAGCGACUUUACUCUCAUUGCUUGAUGGUUUGAAAUCAAGAGGCUCAGUUAUAGUAAUUGGGGCCACGAAUCGUCCUGAAGCUAUUGAUCCCGCUCUUAGGAGACCAGGACGGUUUGAUCGUGAGAUUUACUUCCCGCUCCCAACCCUCGAGGAUAGGUCUGCUAUUCUUUCAUUGCACACAAAGAACUGGCCAAGUCCUAUUUCAGGUGCAUUCCUCUCAGCUGUUGCAAGCCAAACUAUUGGAUACGCUGGUGCUGAUUUGCAGGCAAUUUGCACCCAAGCUGCAUUAAAUGCUCUCAAAAGGACUUGCCCGUUGCAGGAUAUUUUACGCUCCGCCGAGAAAGGAACUGAGCAGGGACGACUUCCUCUACCAUCAAUUGAUGUAGAGGAAAGGGAUUGGUUGUCUGCUCUUGCAGCUGCUCCUCCACCCUGUUCACAAAGAGAAGCAGGAAUUGCUGUAAAUGAUCUAGUUUCCUCUCCUCUUGAUUCCUAUCUUUUGCCAUGCCUUCUUAAACCAUUACUCCACCUUCUUAUUUCCCUCUAUUUGGACGAACGGAUCUGGUUACCUUCAUCUCUUCUGAAGGCAUCUGCCUGUAUAAAGCAAGUUGUCUUUUCAUCUAUGGAAAAGAAUAAUGUGCCUCACACUUUCUGGUCUUCCUAUCUUCCAUCUUUGAUACAGCAGAAAGAUUUUGCAAAUAGAAUUGGAGCAAUCCUGUCAAGCUAUGGUCUAACAGCGUCUCAACUAGGCAAUCAUGGUUCAGUGGUGCCAAGUCACAAUGAACAACACGAAAAGUUUGACGACCGCAGGUUGAAUUCCACUGGUUCUCCAAUAAAAGGAGGGUUAGCACAUAAGUUAUCAGGUUUUCGAGCUUUAGUUGCUGGAGCACCCAGAUCAGGCCAGCGACAUCUAAUCCGUUGCAUUCUUCAUGGUUUUAUGGGUCAUAUUGUAAUACACAAGCUUGAUCUUGCAACUAUGGCACAAGAGGGAAAUGGUGACAUCCUCAAUGGAUUGACACAAAUUCUUCUGAAAGGCCUAAACAUUGGAAGGUGCAUAAUCUACAUGCCUAGAAUUGACUUGUGGGCAGUCAACAAGGCCCAUGAACUGGAAACAGGAGAUCAUGCCCUCAAUAUGGGGACAAGCAAGUUAGCCACAUCUCCAGUUGAAAGCAUGACAAAAUGCUCUGAAAUUUGGAAUACAUUGGUUGAUCAGAUGGGUUCAUUGUUAGCUUCUGCGUCCAUAACUGUUCUGGCCACUAGUGAGCUAAAGUUUCAAGACCUUCCAAGCAGAGUAAAUCACUUCUUCAGCACACAUGUUGUGGAUCAAUGUCUUGCUUCUUCAGAGCACACUAUACCAAGGUUCUCUGUGAAUGUUGACAGCUACAGUAGCUGGGACGAGGUGCUAGAUUCAUGUGCUACGCGGUUAUCACAUGACUUAAUUCAGCAACAUGUUCAGUUGCUGCAUGACAGAGCUCAUAAUAAUCAUGAUGAACAGAAAAAAGUCUUUGCUCGCAUGGAAAGUAGUGCACUAGGUGAAUGUAAAUCUUCCUUUUGCAUUGAUAAGCAAUCCUCAUGCCCUACUAACCUGGCAACGUGCAGUUCUCAGCUACAGCCACCAACAUCUGAUGUGAAAGAUAAAGAGGAAAAUGCUGAGAAACUUGAUUUUCUUGGGAGUGUCUCAAGAAAACCUUCUAGUGGAAUUGUGAAGGGCAAUGAAUCACUUGCUAUUAUUGCCUUCGGAAUUCAGAUACUGCAGCACCCACAGUUCUCUAAACUUUGUUGGGUUACCUCAAAAUUACGGGAAGGCCCCUGCACUGAUAUAAAUGGACCAUGGAAAGGCUGGCCAUUUAAUUCCUGUUUAUUGCAUAGCAGUUCCUCACCUGAUAAGUCAUUGUCUGAAGGAAACAAUAUUCUUAAGGGCAAGGAAAAGGCUCUUUGUGUGAGAGGAUUGGUCGCUGUUGGUUUAUCAGCAUAUAGAGGUGUCUAUGUGUCUGUUAUGGAAGUCUGUGCUGAGGUGAGAAAGGUCUUGGAACUGCUAGUUGGACAGAUCCAAAUUAAAAUUUUGGAAAAGAAAAGUCGAUAUCGCUACUUUCAUAUUCUAUCUCAAGUAGCUUAUCUGGAUGACAUGGUGAACAGCUGGGCAUACACCUUCCAAAGAUUACAUCCUAACAAUAUGACAAUAGCAUCAGGUACAAAGAUAACAAGUCUAGGAAAGACAUGCGCAAGAGAGUGUGGAAGUACUGGCUGCAAUACAGAAAGCAAUUUACUUGUUGCUCCUGCUGGCUCUACUGAGGUCCAACACACUUCAGCCAAACACUCACGUGACCAUCCAGUUGGCCCUACUUGUGGUAGUGUGAUGCAAGAUAGUCCAGCCCAACAAGGUCCAGGACAACUUGAGUGUAACCUUGAUAAUGAUCAUUUGACAUCUAUAUCCAGCAUGGAUACAGUGGAACAUGACCUUUCCCAUUCAGCUUCACAUGAUGUGCGCAAGGGUCCCCUUGCACCUCCAGAUACAGUAAUAAAUGAUAGAGGAUCUGGUGGAGUAAACAACAAUAGAAAAAUGUCCAGAGUAACCAAUGGUGAAGAGACGUGCACACCAGAUAUUCAAAUAUCUGAAAACCUCACAAAAUCUGUUGAAAAAUUCAAUAAUGUGCAAAGGGCAGAAAAUUCUGGUGUAUUCUCAGCUAGUAUUGAGAAUGUAGAAGUCUCCCGGAAUAUGUUGUCUUCCGAAGCUCAUGGCAAUGGGAAUGAGCAGAACAUAACUUUUUUGUCGAAGGAUGUUGAAUCAGGUCAACAGCAAGAUGGCAUGAUGGAUUCCUCAGUUCCAAAAUCGUCAUGUUUCUACAAAUGUUGUUCUCCAUGCUUCCAUGCUGUUUAUAAGUUGUCUCAUGAUGUUCUUUCAAAUUCAGUACGGACUAAUCUGCAUUGUUUAACCGUUGAUGAUAUGCAUGACACUCUCUCAUCUUGGUCAUUGAAUCUACUAGCAACAGUUAGAAAAUGGUAUAGCUCUCAAGAUGUGGUUGGGUGUAAAGAACUUUUUGGAAAAAGGCAUGAUCUAGAUGUCACCUCAGAGCAUUGUGUUUGUCAGACUGAUGCUAGUUUUGUUUCAAGGGAUUGUAUGUGCCACUUGGAAAGCAAUGGAGAGGCUGGAAUCAUUAAUAAGAAGAGCCAUUCUCUAUGUGAACAAUCAUUAAGUUUUUUCUUUAAGCAUGGCGUGUUGAUGCCACCAGAUCUCACUGCAGGAACCACACUCCAUUGCAGCUUUAGAAGAUUAUGUGUUUGCUCAAUACCAGGAACAAUUUCUAUGUUGUUCAGUUCUCAAGUGGAUGCAAUAAUUUGAGCUGAUGAAAUACUGCGUGUUCCUCACUGCUAAAGAUGCCACAGUUUAUAACUUUGCUCUGAGCUGACCAACUUCCAGUGUUGUACAUACCAUAAGAUUAACAAGUCUUCUGUUACUCAUGGGAUCCGUUGCUUUCUAUUUGGUAGCUUCUGUUUUCUCAUCGUUGAUGAUCUUUCUCAAGCUAGCCUUCUGCAAAUAAAUUGCCUUUAUUGGUUGAAGAGAAGUGAAGCAAUUUGUCUUCCGUUCGUUAAUUAAGUGGCUCUGUUGUAGACAAGGACUGCUGUUACUGAUGCUUGAAUGCGUAGAACUAUCUGAAUGAUGAUGCCUCUUCAAUUCUCAUUGUGUUCGGUAUUAUAACUCAAUUAAUCCAUCAAGUUGAAACAAGGUUGACAAAUAAAAACAGGUUUGGGUGUA